ACCACCACCUCCCCGCCGUCUCACUCCCGCUCCAGAACUCCAAAACUGCCGCUCACACCGUCACAAUGUCGAAGAAAGUUUGCCUCGCCUAUUCUGGCGGUCUCGACACCAGCUGUAUCUUGAAAUACCUCAUUGAGCAGGGCUAUGAGGUCGUCGCGUUUAUGGCCGAUGUUGGCCAGGAAGAGGAUUUUGAGGCUGCUAGACAAAAGGCCUUGAAGAUUGGUGCUGUCAAGUGCGAAAUCGUUGAUCUUCGCCGGGAGUUUGUUGAGGAGCUUUGCUUUCCGGCUAUUGCUUGCAAUGCUAUCUAUGAAAACGUCUACCUUCUGGGUACUUCUCUGGCUCGUCCAGUCAUUGCCCGUGCCCAGAUCAACGUUGCCAAGAGGGAGGGCUGCUUCGCUGUUUCCCACGGCUGCACCGGCAAGGGUAAUGACCAGGUCCGUUUCGAACUGGCUUUCUACGCCCUGCAGCCCGAUAUCAAGGUCAUUGCCCCGUGGCGUGAUCCUGUCUUCUACAACCGCUUCCAGGGCCGUAACGACCUGCUCGCCUAUGCUGCGGAGAAGGGCAUCCCCGUGACAUCCACCAAGUCCAAGCCAUGGAGUAUGGACGAGAACCUGGCCCACUGCUCAUACGAGGCCGGUAUCCUGGAAGAUCCCAACACCACUCCCCCCACCGACAUGUGGAAAUUGACUGUCGACCCUCUUGCUGCACCCGAUAAGCCCGAAGACUUUACCAUUCACUUCGAGAAGGGUACUCCUGUAAAGCUUGAGUACACCGAGGGCGGCAACAAGAAGGUUGCCACCGACUCCGUGGACGUGUUCCUUACCGCCAACGCUAUCGCGCGUCGCAACGGUAUUGGCCGUAUCGACAUUGUCGAGAACCGAUUCAUCGGUAUCAAGUCUCGUGGCUGCUACGAGACCCCUGGUCUCACUUGCCUGCGUGCUGCUCACGUUGACCUUGAGGGUCUUGUGUUGGACCGUGAAGUUCGUGCUCUGCGUGACCAAUUCGUCACUGUUAACUACUCCAAGCUCCUGUACAAUGGUCUGUACUUCUCCCCAGAACGCGAGUUCCUUGAAGCCUCCAUCCCUGCUUCCCAGAAGUCCGUCAACGGACAGGUCCGCUGCCGUGCGUACAAGGGCAACUUCAUCGUCCUGGGCCGCUCCUCGGAAACCGAGAAGCUGUACGACAUGACCGAGUCCAGCAUGGACGAGAUCGGUGACUUCUCUCCUGCCGAAACUACCGGAUUCAUCACCGUCUCUGCUAUCCGUCUGAAGAAGUACGGUGAAAUGAAGGCACGAGCUGGCGAGCAGAUGUAAAGUAAAGUAGUAGAAAAGGAAACAACCGACUAUGUCCAUGUAAUUCUGCCUGUGGCGGAGAGAAAUCUCCCCUGGCAAUUUUAUUUUGCUGGUUAUUCAAAAUUGGCCCUUGUCUUAUGUUUAUAUUUUGCUAUAUUCUGUCUGGAAGGUCUAAUGGUGUAACGAAUAUGAAAGCAGUGGAAGGAUACGCAGACGAUUUAUUCUCACUGCUACACUUCGUUGAGGAUACGAACAGGUUCAUGAAAAAGGGCGUGGCAGCUAGCUCCAUGUUUGCUGUUGUCUAUUUCAUAGUCUCAUAAUUGUCUCGACUCAGUAUUGCUGUGAUGAUUGACCAGUUCCUACUACUCCAUACAGUAGUAGUAUAUCAUACCGAAUGGACAUCAGGUGCAAUGAAUGAUACCAAUCAAACACC